AUGGCUCAUCGCGGAGAGACUCUACACAAGCAUGUAUCCUGCAUUGCGGACUUGAAGGCCUUGGGGAGCAAGAACCUCCCUGUUAUGGUCAAGGACUACUACAAUGAAGGCGCUAUGGAUCUUAUCACACUCCGCGAAAACGAAGCAGCCUUCGACCGUUACAAAAUCCGGCCUCGCAUUCUCGUCAACGUCGACCAGGUCGAUACAAGCACAGAAAUAAUAGGCACGAAAGUCACUCUACCUCUAGGCUUCAGUCCUGCCGCAUCGCAACGACUCGCUCAUCCAGACGGGGAAGUCGGGGCAUCUCGCGCAGCGGCAAAAUACGGAAUUUGUAUGGGUCUCUCGUCAUACUCGAACUACUCCCUCGAAGACGUUGCCGGUCAAGGAUCGGGGAAUCCAUAUGUUAUGCAGAUGUGCGUGUUGAGGGAUCGGUCGAUUACGGUGCAGCUUUUGGAGAGGGCUGAGAAGGCUGGUUACAAGGCGCUUUUCCUAUCUGUCGAUGUACCUGUCUUGGGGAAGCGGUUGAACGAGUAUCGGAAUGAGUAUCAACUUCCGGAGGAUAUGUCGUGGCCUAAUAUCCUCAGUAAUGGAAGCGAUACGUCUAGCCGGACUGAAUACGAUCCGAGUCUCGACUGGGAAAAUACCAUUCCCUGGCUAAGGGAACAUACCAAGCUCCCAAUUUGGCUCAAAGGGGCCCACACACCCGAGGACAUCGAACUAGCCAUCAAAUACGGCAUCGACGGCAUCGUCAUCUCCAACCAUGGCGGUCGCCAACUCGACGGCGUCCCGGCCACACUUGAUGCUCUUAGAGACUGCGCUCCCGUUGCAGCUGGUAGAAUCCCCCUUGCCAUUGACGGGGGUAUCCGUCGGGGUUCGGACAUUUUCAAGGCCUUGGCUCUGGGUGCGAGUCAUUGCUUUGUGGGGCGAAUUCCGAUCUGGGGUCUUGCUUAUGGCGGACAAGAAGGCGUGGAAUUGGCUAUUAAGAUCCUGCAUCAGGAGCUGAAGAUUACAAUGGCGUUGGCGGGAUGCCGCAAAAUUAGCGAUAUUCAGAAGAGUCACUUGUCUAUAGUCAAGUCUGACGGUGUUUUGGCGAGGUUGUAAUUCAUGCUACGAUAGUUAUCGGAUCUUAUCUUAUCUCGGAAUGUCCUUCCAUAUCAGAAAUGCGGGGAAGUAUAACUAGCCUAGAAUCACAUCAACGAUUCGGUAAACUUCAAUAUCAAG